CUGACGUAAAUGCCGAAAUGGCAGGUUAUGACAAAAGUUCCACAUCACCGGCCAAUUUCACCCUAGACAUGGGUGAUUUUGGCCAGGAUCAACCGCCACCAUAUUCACAGACUUUCAACACAUCUGAAUCUAAUGAAUUUCAGUUCGUUCAAGGAUCAUCAGGGCCUGUAGAAGGUUCAAUAGACACUGGAAAUGGCAAGGAUGAGCCUGUAUCUGGUGACUAUGGGGUGAAGAACAGGGGCAGGGCUGGGCAGUUCCUGGAGAGUAAGGGUUUUGGCUGGCUACUGGAGGAGGAAGAAGCAGACCAGGAAGACCUGGCCCCUCUGCUAGAGGAGUUAGAUAUAGACCUGAAGGACAUAUACUACAAGCUGCGAUGUGUGCUAUUCCCACUGCCCCAGUUAGGCUUCAACCGACAUGUGGUGCGGGAAAACCCAGACUUCUGGGGACCCCUUGUUGUCAUACUGCUCUAUUCACUUCUCUCACUGUAUGGACAGUUUAGGGUUGUGUCCUGGAUCAUCACCAUCUGGAUAUUCGGCUCUCUCAUUGUGUUUAUGCUGGCCAGAGUUUUGGGAGGAGAGGUGAGUUACUCCCAGUGCCUCGGUGUGAUCGGAUACUCUGUCCUACCCCUUGUGUUGACCGGCCUUAUUUUACCACUGUUUGCUGCUUUUCACUACAUCGCUCACUUAAUAAAGCUACUUGGCGUGAUAUGGGCAGCGUUCAGUGCGGGCUCUUUGCUAUGUGUUCAGGAACUCCAGCAGAAAAGACCACUGUUACUUUAUCCUGUAUUUCUACUCUAUAUUUAUUUUUUCUCGCUAUAUACUGGAGCAUAGCUCACAGAAUCUCUCUUUUACAGUAAAAGAUUAUUUAUCAGACAUGGAGGUGUACUUUAAAGUAUUUUAUAAAAAAAAGAUGCAUACAAUGUCCUUUAUAUUUCUUUGAUUUUACAAUUCACAAACAUAAAAUGUCUACAUUUUAUACUAAAAGGUUUGUGGAAUAUCAUCACAUCUGUAUUGAAAGAUUUAUUUAUUACUUUAACCUGUAAGAGAUAAAAGAAAAUUCAGAUAGUAACACUAUAAGAUACACAUCAUUUUAGUAUGAAUGCUACUUAACUUAAUAAUUACUUAAAGGUUUCAAAAUGCCACCAUACAUUGUACAUGCUGAGUAAUGACGAUAUUUUAGUAAAUGUAUGGUAAACUGUAGAACAAACGUGAACCAGCAUGGAAACAAAUUCAUGCCUUUUUGUACAAUCAAAUGUUUUCAAAAGCAAGAACUGUGCUUAAUAUUAAAGAGUUACAAAAUUGUGUUUGCAAUUUACAACAAGUUUGUUUAAAAUAACCUGUCAAGUCAUUUGUUUUGAAAUGAAUGUAUUACUAAUCAGAUUUAGUUUGACCAAGAGAUCUUUUAUGAGAUGAAAAUGUAUAUAUAACGAACAUGUUUUUCAUAACUUGAAUCCAGUGCUGGUUUCUGAAUAACGCUUAUGUAUUAUACCAGUGACCAAUAUAUAUAGCCCGAAAUUCACAUAACUGGGUUUUCCCAUGCCGGUACACAAAAAAGGUGAAUUUCAAGCUAUUGAAAUUCAUGUAACCAUAUAAUGACUCUAUUGUUUUCAAAGUAUCAUGUGUAUAUUAAAACAGUUUAAUUUUGAUUGUAUCAGAGGAUUAGCUUAGGAAAACCAGAAUAUCUAUAAUUCCAGGCUUAAACUAUUUACAUUGGUCUAUCAGGACCACAAUACAUUGAUUAUGUUUACUCUCUGUACAAGUAUUUAUCUGCUCUUUGUAUUUAAGGGUCAAUAGCAGAUUAUAAUGUUCAAGCUGCUUUGUUAAAGGGUACAUGUAUAAACUUUGUUGGCAGUGUUUUAAGCUCGACUAUGGUCACCUUCACAAUGUCAUCACCAUUGCAUCUUGAUUCCCCAUCAUGCAAACAUCUCAUCAUCUACCAAGUUAAAUGUGAUUGGUUAAUAUUUCAUUAUCAUUUUCAGGAAUAUCGGACAAUCCACUUAUCUUAAGUUAUCUAAUACUUGAUUAAACUUAAUACAAACUUGGCCAUUUUUGGUGUUUGAAUAUUUUCCUUGUACUGGUAUUUUUGGAGGCACAGUUACUGGAUUCCACUACUUUAUAGUGUAUGGCAUAAGAAUGAACCAUGUGGUGUGAUAAAUACUGGAGAGUCAUAUAUCAAGAAAAGAAUGAUGUUUAAAAUCAAUGUUUCAUUCUUAUUUUAGUACAUGUAUUGAUAAAGAACAAAUUGUUCUUAUUGUUUGUAUGCAGUGUAAACUGUGUGGGUGUAAACUCCUAGGUUAUUGUAUUGCUAUGUAAAUAAUCAUCAUUUCUGUGAUAAUCAUGAAAUCAUGUGACAUUACAUGUUUAUGAAUCAUAAUGUAUAUUUUAUUUGAAUAAAUCAUCAAAUAAAUCUG